CACACACACCGUUAAUUUACAUUCUGUUCAACCUCUACAAUUUAAACUAGGAUAAGAUUCAUUAUGUUUUUGCAUUUUAUUAAAUUUACUUAAUAACAUUUUGCUAAUUUUGUAUUCAUAAAAUAUAAGUAAAAAAAGAUGGUUCAGCUUACAUCAAGUUGGUUGAUUGUUCAUGCCUUUAUUAUUGCUAUGGUUUUUGGCUUAUUAUUGUGGUUUCAGCUUCAAAUUUUACAUUUUGCACUUUUAUUCUCAUUGACAGUUUUAUUGGAUCUUAUAUAUUUGUCAUCGGUUAUUAUAAACAAUAUACGCCCAACACAACAAUGCUUUAGAAUAAAUGGUAAAAAAGUGCUAGUAACUGGUGCAAAUAGUGGCAUUGGAUUUGAUAUUUCUAAAAAAUUAGUACUUAGUGGUGCUGAGUAUGUUGUGCUUGUAGCACGAAAUCAACAUCGUUUAAAUGAAUGCAAGAAUAUUCUUGAAUCAAUGAAAGUGGAUGUAAAUCAAAAAAUAUUAUGUUUAUCGCUGGAUUUAGCUGAUGAUCCUGUUUUAGUUGUUCAAAAAAUUACUGAUAUUUGUUCUCUAAUGAAUGGAAUAGAUGUCUUGAUAAAUUGUGCUGGUUAUUCGAUUCCGGGAGAGUUUGAAAAUCUUAAGAUUGAAGCAUUUUACACAAUGAAUAAUACAAAUUAUAUAGGGUCAGUUGUUGUUACACAAGCUGUUGUGCCAUUUAUGAAAAAACAGCAAUUUGGACAAAUCGUAUUUUUUUCUUCUGUUGCUGGUCAAAUAGGUGUGUAUGGUUUUUCGGCUUAUUCUCCUUCAAAGUAUGCAUUACGUGGUCUAGCAGAAGUUUUGUAUUCUGAAUUGAAGCCUUUUGGUAUCGGUGUAAGUUUAGUUUUUCCUCCUGAUACUGAUACACCAGGUUUUCAAAAUGAAAACAAAAGUAAGCCAAAACUAACACAAGAAAUAUCAGGAAAUGUUCAAGCAUGGAGUAGUGAGGAUGUAUCUAAAGUUGUGAUGCAGGGUAUAGAGAAAAGAAAGUUCAUGAUUGGAUGUGGAAGUGAUGGAUUUUUUCUUAAUGCACUUACUUGUGGAGCAGCACCACCUUCUUCUACAUUAGAAUUUUGGAUGCAAUGCAUUCUUAUGCCAUUUCUGAGAGUUUACAUAUUGUUUGUUCAAAACAGUUUUUUUAAUCUUAUAUCCAAUGAAAUUGAUGAUAAGAAGAAAGUUUUAUAGUUUUA